AUGGCUGAAUGGACGAAAAAGGAUGUUAUAAGGAAAAAAGCUAUGGAUGCUUUGGUGAAAGACGCAACAGAUCGAAGCUCCGAGUUCACUUUCCACGUACCAAAAAUCCAAGAUACCAACAGCCCCCGCCAGCGCGAACCUGCAAUAGAUUCCAGAGCUCGCACAAUGUCGCCUCUUUCAAAACCAAGGACGCGAUCUACUGCAUCCAGCUCAAAGCCAGGAGAUUCAGCGAAUGAUCCGAAGUCGAUUGUUGUUGAAGACCUUGACGAAGUUGUCUUGGUGCAUCCUACCGGAACGGGAUCUGUCACAAUCAAUCGAGGAGAGCUGGCUCGUUUAGAGCCAGGUGAAUUCCUCAACGAUACCCUUAUUGAGUUAGGCCUGAAGAUGUGGCUCAAUGAUCUGAGGCACAAAGACCCUAAUUUGGUGGAUCAAAUACAUAUAUUCAGCUCUUUCUUUUUCAAAAAAUUAGAUGCCGGGCCACGUAAGGGAUGCGACUAUAACAGUGUCAAGAAAUGGACGUCUAAAUUUAAUCUCUUUUCGAAGAAAUUUAUCAUAAUUCCAAUUAACGAGCAUCUCCACUGGUAUUUAGCAAUUAUUUGCUUUCCUGAGCACGUCCUGAAAGCGCCUAUCCCACAACCAUCGGCGCAGCCUUCGAGGGUGACCCGCUCGUCCGACACGACGGCCAAAGCGGAGCAACAAACCUGGAAACCGACGCCGAACUGGCUGAUCAAUCUGGAAAAAUGGCCAUUGAUUCACCCACCCGCUGAAUCUCAGCAAGAUGUGGUGGUUGUAGACCCCAAAUCAGAAGGUCUACCAGAAGUCGAGAUGAUAAAUGCGGACGAAGAUAGUGAUACAACAAAAGCCGACGGAUCUCAUAAGACGUGGAUACUGAUACUAGACUCACUCGGAGGCAAACAUGCUCGGACCGUUAGGAUUCUUCGGGAAUAUCUUCAAGCCGAAGCUCAAGAAAGAUACAAAAAGGUAGUAGACAUUAAGGACACUCGAUCAAGUGGUGGAUUUGUCGAUGACAAACAUUUAUCAGUGCCGGUACAACCAAACUGGUGUGAUUGCGGGGUUUAUCUUCUGCACUAUGUCGAGGCAUUUUAUGCAAACCCUCUAGAAAUAAUUGCUCUUCCGCCUGGCAGGAAACGUAAACCCAAAGAAGUAGGGAGUCGCUAUGAUGAGCUAUGGAAAACCGACCAAGUCAAAGAAAAACGAACAGCUUUUCGAGAGAAAUUGCACGAGCUUUCUACUAAGUGGCUGGAGUCUAAAGCCUCGUCUCCGGAGAACACCGCACCCACUCCAGGAACACUCCCAUCUAGCAAUAAUCCGAUCUUGACCACCCCGCCUUACCUUCAAACCGAGGCAUCUAUUUUGGAAAUCGAUCCGUCUGAGGCCACGAGCAUGACCAGGUCUGCAGUAGCCGAACUCCCCAGCUCGGUAUCUGUUUUGCCACCUGGGCUUGGAUAUCCAUCAUCUGCAGCAGGGGAAGAAGCGCCGAGGCGGGCAUCCUCUGAUGAUGUUGCCGAGGUUGAAGGGAUAGUCCGCUCAGACCAACAAUCGCCAAUUGCAGAGAGAGUGGCGAUGGUACCGGGAAGUAGCCAAUCGUCUCUCAAUAUUAAACCCACUCGACGCGGUAGGAAGGGUGGGUCAAAACACGGAUCGAAACUUGAUUCAGAAAGCUCAUUCGAAUUGAACCGUGGUCCAGGGAGUUCGCCUGAGCUAUAG